AUAAACUGUCACCAUACUGUCACUUUGUGGACGCUUGCCACAGCUAACCUAAGAAUUCAUAAAACAAUUUUUAAGGCCGCUUGUUUUUUUAACUACAAAACAAAACAUAAAAUUGAGAAAUGAGUGAUUUGAUUGAUCAGGAUGAAAUGCGAAGAUGUUUAAAAGAAGCGCAUAUAUAUGAAGAGAACAUGAGUGAAGACUUGAUGACCAGUUAUUACAAAGCUAUUAAAAACUCAGAGAACUCAUUAAGGGAUGAAAUAGUAAAAAUCAACAGUGAUGAAGAUGAAAUAGAAAAAACGUUAAACGAAAGUGCAAACGAACUAUUAGAAGCUAUUAAUAAUUCGGAGACUAUAGCACCAUCAAAUAGAUUUAAAAUAAGUGAAACUGAUGAUGAAGAUUCACCAAGUACCUUGACCAAGCACAGUUCUUUAGUAAGAGAUAAAGGUUUGAAAAAUUUAGAUACAAAUGAAGAAGAAGAGGAAGAAAACAAUAAUAGUAUAGAAAAUGAAGGUACUGAGAAACCUUUAGAUGUGAAGAAAGUACCAAUAGGUUUUAAUGACAUGCCACAAAGUGUGCAUAAAGACAAACCUCCAUUAAACAUAAUUUGUCAUGAACUACGAUUUGUUAAUGUACAAAAUAGUAAAAAGUUUUUAAUUUCAAGUACACAAAUGCGAGUUAAGAUGCUUUAUGAGUAUCAUAUAGCUGCUAAUAAACUGAAAGCCCAUUAUGCAAGAUUAUCUCCUAAUAUGGCCUCUUUAAAAACACCAAUUCAGAUCACAGAACAUCGUGAAAAAUAUGAAAAUCCAAUCAUAACAUCACUAAAAGGGGAAGAAUCGCAAACAGCACAAGAAACUUAUGUUAGUAGAUCAGGCAGAUUGACAAAACGAAAGGUGUACACAGAUAAUUAUCUAUCUGACGACUCAUGUGGUAGCUCCAAAAAAAGUAAGCUAGAGAGUAAUUCCUUCUCAAAGAGUUCAUCCAAAGAAAAACCAACAAAAUCAACAUUAAAAAUGCUAGAUUAUCCAGAGAAUGAUAUAGUUCCAUUACGAAAAGAAAAUGCCCUAGAUGAAUUUGAUCAAGUUAAAAACACACCUAAACCUAAAAUGUUUCAGAAAAAAUCAUUGAAUGAUGAGAUUAUGUCGAGAAGCAGCUUAUUUAGAGAUAGUGUAACACCAAAAAAAGCAAGAUCUGAAAUGAUUGUUGCUGCAGGUAUAUCAGAAGCUGAAAAAAGCAAAGACAGACAAGAUGUGAUUGAUAAGUUUACUAAUAGUUUAAAUAUAAAUACAGAAAGUCAGGAGGAUGACACUGAAAAAAUUAUCAUUGAUGAUGAUAUAGAAGUGUUUGAGAGGAAAAGAGUUGUACCACCUUGUCCAGGGCCAAGAAGAGGUAUCCACAGUAAAAGAAAGACAGCCACAACAGGUCUUGCGCCUCUAAACAUCACAACAAAAAAGACUAAUUCAAACAAUUGCGAUCCUAGACCUUCCACUUCUUCAGAUAUCUUGUUAAAAAAGAGGGUGAAUUCUCCAAAAAUCAGUAAUUUAGAAGAACGUCCUACAUCAACUUCUACACCAUAUGAUAGAAGUGCAAAGAAAGUAGCAAAUAUGACACCUUGUCCUCUGUGUUCAGUUUUAUUUCCACGGAAAGAGAUUGAGGAACAUGCCGCUACUUGCGGUGAGGAUAUGUUUGCGCAAGUAGCUUCUACAAGACUGUCAAGAAUAUCAUGCGAAAUAUGCGAUCAAGUCAUACCUCUCACUACAGAGUACGAAGUCCACGUUAAACAAUGUAUAGCUAAACAAAACGGAUUAUAAAUUUUAUUUUCAGUGAUUUUUUUACCUCAAACAAUAAAAAAUUAAUUUAAAAAAUUAGAUUAAUUAAUAUUUUUUCCAGUGCCUUAUGUGUGGGAAAUAAUUUUAAGGCAGUAUUUCCUGUAAGGUAUUGUUUGUUUAUAUUAUUAUUAGAUGUAUGAUAUAUUUUUUAUUAUUGCUGUAUGUGAAUAAAUGUUUUUUCUUAUUUUUAA